AUGUCGUCUGUUGGAUACUUCAUUCUCCUAUCUAUAGCUUUAUGUGUAUGGAUAAGCCACUGUCAUCUGCAUAUUCCAUUCGAUUCCAAUUGCACCUCAUUUUCCUAUGACGAUUGUCCACUUGACGUGGGAUGUGAGAAAGUUCUUCGCUUGCAUGGACGUCGUGAAAUAUUCCGUCGUUGUCAAUUUCUCUCCAAAGCUUCACCCUCAACAACACGUUUCAAUCGUCCGCACUGGCGUGCACGUUAUUGGUUGUCAGAUCCCAGGCGAUACAACUAA